AUGGAAUAUUUCAACUCCAAGAAGACGGCCGCGGUGGCUUUGUUGCAGGCUACAACGCUCGUAUCAGCUAGAUCUUUGUGGUCAACGCUGCCAGCGACAUAUGCACCUCAGUCAAGUGACGAUACUAUUCUGAAAACGACUUAUCCAUUAGGCAAUGGCAAACUAGGAGCAAUGCCAUUUGGGCCACCGGGUGCGGAGAAGCUUUCGUUGAAUGUAGACUCGUUGUGGAAUGGCGGCCCAUUUGAAAGUUCGGACUAUACCGGAGGUAAUCCAUCUUCAUCCAAGGCGGAUGCUCUCCCAGGGAUUCGUAGCUUCAUAUUUGAGAAUGGAUCCGGAAACGUAACCGCCCUCUAUGGUAGCGGCGGCCACUACGGAUCUUACCGCGCCAUGGGAAACAUCAGCAUUGCCAUUGAUCACGACAAGUCGUACAGCGGUUAUAAGCGCACAUUGGAUCUCAGUCGCGGUGUCUAUGAGACGACCUACACCGUUGGCAACGUGAAAUUCACCACCAACCUGUUUUGUUCGUAUCCCGCACAGGCUUGUGUGUUCAACAUCGCGUCAACCACUGCUCUGCCCAAAGCCGCAGUGAAGUUUGAAAAUUUACUCGUUGAUACAUCUCUUGCCAAGGCAUCGUGCAGUAAUGGAUUCGCUCAGCUCAGCGGUACCACGCAAUUAGGUCCUCCAGAUGGCAUGAAGUAUGAGGCAAGGGCCAAGGCCAGCGAUGGGUCGACUACCGCUUGCUCCAAUGACGGAACUCUGACCAUCACCCCAGCAAAGGGAAGCAAGUCAUUGACGAUUGUCUUCGGUGCCAACACAAACUACGACCAGAAGAAGGGCAACGCACAAAACAACUACAGCUUCAAAGGAGUAGAUCCUGGACCAGGUGUUGAGGCGUCGGUGUCAAAAGCUGCCCAGACGGGCUUCAAAGACUUGUUAGCAAAGCACGUGUCUGACUAUACGGGACUAUUUUCGACAUUUAGUCUUAAUCUUCCUGAUCCCUACGGUUCCGCGAAGAAAGACACCGCCUCAGUGAUCUCACAGUACUCUGUAGAUGGUAAGGGAGAUCCCUUUGUGGAAGGUUUACUGUUUGACUACUCUCGCUACAUGCUCAUCACAUCAUCCCGGGACAACUCGCUGCCCGCAAAUUUGCAAGGUCGUUGGGCUGAGCAGCUUUCUCCUGCAUGGAGCGCUGACUACCAUGCGAACAUUAACAUACAAAUGAACUACUGGGCCGCCGACCAGACAGGCUUGACCAAGACCCAGCCUGCUCUGUGGAAUUACAUGCAGGACACAUGGGUACCCAGGGGUGUGGAAACAGCAAAGCUAUUGUAUAACGCGUCCGGGUGGGUAACACAUAGUGAGAUGAACAUCUUUGGGCAUACCGCCAUGAAAGAUGAUGCAACCUGGGCCAACUACCCGGCAUCAGCGGCGUGGAUGAUGCAACAUGUCUGGGACAACUUCGAGUACGCCCGCGACGUGUCGUGGUUGAAGUCUCAAGGAUAUCCGCUCAUAAAGGGUGUGGCCCAAUUCUGGCUCUCGCAGCUACAGGACGAUGCGUUCUCCAAGGACGGCACACUUGUUGUCAACCCUUGCAAUAGUCCUGAACAUGGCCCUACGACCUUUGGCUGCGCACAUUUCCAACAAGUCAUCCAUCAGGUCUUUGAAGCUGUGCUUGCCUCUGGAGAGUUCGUAUCAGAACAAGAUACAGCCUUCAAGAAUGAUGUCACUUCGAAGCUCGCUUCCCUUGACAAGGGUCUGCAUUUCACCACUUGGGGUGGCAUCAAAGAAUGGAAAGUCCCCGACUCCUAUGGCUUCGAUGCUAAAAACACCCAUCGUCACCUGUCCCACCUGGUAGGCUGGCAUCCGGGAUACUCCAUCUCCUCUUUCCAGGGAGGUUACACCAACAGCACUAUCCAAAAAGCAGUUGCUGAAACACUCAAGUCUCGCGGCCCUGGAAAUGCAGAUGAUGCUAACUCAGGGUGGGAAAAGGUGUGGCGCGCCGCUUGCUGGGCCAGGCUGAAUAACACAGAGGAAGCAUACUAUGAGCUUCGAUAUGCUAUUGACAUGAAUUUUGCCAAUAAUGGUUUCAGCAUGUACAGUGCGUUGAGUGCGCCGUUCCAGAUUGACGCCAACUUCGGCCUCGCUGGUGCCAUGCUGAGUAUGUUGGUGGUGGAUUUGCCUCAAAAGCAUGGAGAGACAGGGCCGAGGAAGGUCAUCUUAGGUCCAGCCAUCCCUGCAACUUGGGGCGGUGGCAGUGUGAAGGGUUUGAGGCUGCGAGGAGGGUAUUCCGUGGAUUUUGAAUGGGAUGGUAAUGGCAAAGUGAACAAGGCCAAGUUGGUUGGUUCUGGGAAACCAGUGAAGUUGUACAAUGUUGAUGGCAAGGUGCUGUAG